CUGGGACUUGAACCCUGACGAACCUUGAAAGAAAAAGUAGCAACCGACCUCACAGCCUUGUAAGAGAAGAGAGUAAGGUUGAGAAACCUCUGCUCCUUGCCUAAGGACUUCAUACCUCUCUACUUUUUAAUAUGGUUAUUUCCUUGUACCGCCCAGAAGAAGCAUCUAGGCAAACACCCAUUCCCAGCCCUCCCUUCACCCCACAGAUAGUGGAUUUAUUCUGGAGGCAAAUUCUUUCAGGCAUUUAAACCACCCGGGUCUGGAAUCGGCCGCUGCUGCCUUCCUUUCUGCUGCAUAAGCGGAGUCACGAAAAGCCGGCUGGCUCCCAAUGAUGCCCAAGGCGACGGUGAAGCUCAUAGUAACGGGGGAUGACUUUGGCUACUGCCCGAGAAGAAACCAAGGCAUUGUGGAGUGCUUCCUUGCCGGUGCGGUGUCCAAUGUUUCCCUUCUGGUCAACGGCAGUGCUGUGUCUGACGCCGUUCAGCUUGCAAAGAGGCAUCGUAUUCCAAUAGGACUUCAUGCCAACCUUUCGGAGGGCUCUCCCGUUUGCCCGGCACUGAAAGAGAAGUCCUCGCUACUCAACGCAGACGGCUUCUUGCAUGGAAAAAUGGGAAUCCGGGCAGCAUUGGCAGAAGGUUGCCUUAACCUGUCUGAGGUGAAACAAGAGCUAACAGCCCAAGUGGAGUUGUUCCGUGAACUCACAGGCCACUUACCCUUUCAUAUGGAUGGACACCAACAUGUCCACGUUCUCCCAGAGAUCAGACAUAUAUUUGCCCAGGUGCUAGAAGAAUAUGGGAUCACAUAUACCCGAAUCCCUAUAGAACCGGACCUUCCCCGCUGCGACUGGAUAGACCCUCCCUUGAUGGCUUUCUAUCGGAGCGUGGAGAAGGACUCGCUUGACACAGUGGAUGUGUUCCGGAAGCAUCAUAUAAGGUGGCCAGAUAUAUAUAUAGGCCUGAGCACCAUGGGGAAAAACAUGUCUCUUGUCAAGAUCCUUGGUGCCAUUGAUAAUGCAAUGGCAGCUUACCUGGCUGAAGAGAAGCCCGCUGUUCCAGGGAGUUCUUCCUUGGGCUAUGAUCCCGAAGUCAAAACGAUAACCAUUGAACUGAUGACUCAUCCGGGGUACCCUAGCGUCCCGCCGGUCGGGGGCUGUGGCGAAGGACCGGAUGAUUUCUCUCAGUCCUGGGAACGCUUGCAUGAACUAGAGACUCUGAAGAAUCCUGAGCUGCAGAGGCAUUACAAAGCAAGGAACAUUGAAUUGUGUGCAUUUCAACACCUUGAGAUGUGACUUAUGGGAGUGGAUGCUUUGGUUUGGGACGGUGGAGGCAGGGCCGGAUCCGGCGUCACGCCUGGGGUGUCGUAGGCGUUACAACCCCAAACACAUAGAGAGACCUUGGAAUGGCCAUUUCUGUUGCAGGGGUCGGUGCUAUUAAGGUCUUUGCCUCUCCAAGGAGGUCUCCUUAGCUCAUCCCACUUCACAAAAGAGAGGAGAAGAUGCUGUAUUUGUCCACUAGUCAACCUGACAUGUGUGAAGCCCCGGGUCUGAGCAAGGGUCUCUGGGAGGGUUGUGGUUUCCUAUUUGUUGUCAACACCAGCUUGGAAAAACCCGUUUUAUGAGCUGGAGUGGAUGAAUUUCCGCAUGUUAGAGGAGUCUCUAGCCAUCAGGACUGGGUAGAGAGGCCUGUGUCGAUUCAACGCAAAAAUAAAAUGUCAGUUCAUGAA